GCGUUUACAGUUAUGAUCCGAGAAUGUUCACAUGCGGUUUAUGUGAAGAAAUUGUGGACAGCUUGGAAAUAGUAGAGAGCCAUUCUUGUCUAAUAGGAUAUGCAAAAGCAAUUUUUGACGAAAAUCUCUAUUUUUAUCCUCAAUGCAAUAAUGGAGACAUUGUACGUCGAAGCGAUGGGAAAAAUAUUAAUAUCGUUGAGAGCCUACAGUUCCCGUCAAAAAGUCUACAAAAUGUGACACCAGAAAGCAAUACAGACUAGAUUCUGAUUGCAGAGGUAUACUUAAGGGAGUCAUUGUGGAAUCAGAAUGUUGCGAUCGCAAGGCGAGACAGAAGAACGAUGGAUAAGCUGUGGCAAGAAGUCAGCGAAACAACAAAAGGAGUAUACUCUAGUGAAGAGUGUAAAAGAAAAUGGAAAAAUCUCUGUGACCGUUUUAUGCGGAUUGUUUCAGCGGAGAAGCUGCCAAGUGGGGCGGCAAGUCAGUCAAAGAAAAAUAAAUGGCGUUUUUAUGAGUCAUUAAACUUUUUGCGUGACACAUUAUUAAGAAGAGAAACUGAAUCGAAUACAUCAGUCUGUAACAACAAUGUGAAUGUCGAAAACGAAGAGGAAAAAGAGGAAGAAUCUGCACAAGAUGAUACCCCUAAGAACAGCAAGAAGCAAAGGAUAAAUAGAAACUCAAACCAGGAUAGUGUUACGUCCCCUAUUUUCGCGAUUACAUAAAUAUAUAUAAACAGUAAUAAACAUUAAUGACGCACCUAGGAAUAAGCAACAUGUAUCACAUGAUAUAACAUCGAGCCUUGUAAACAUAACCAACUUCCUCGCGUUCGUAAACCUCACCUUCUCUUUCUCAUGAAGACGCGCCUAAAGCCGCUUCCAAAACCAUGUCCACAAACACACUUCUGUAUUACCAACUUCCUCGCGUUCGCAAACCUCACCUUCUCUUUCUCAUGAAGACGCGCCUAC